CAACAAAAUGCCCGCCUCGCCCCCAGCCUACCGCAAACCACCCUCCAAGCCCAACUCCAAUGCCAACCCCCCUCUCCAAGCCCUUGUCGACUCCCUCGUCCACAAAUACCAAAAAGCCUCACCAAGCUCUACCCUCCUCGGCCUCCUCCACAAACCCGACCAAUACGCUCUCCUUGUCAACGCGCUCUACCGUCAGAUCUCCCUGAUCAAGCGCCGAUCCCAAGCACUCGAGGAUGGCCAAAUUACUAUCUAUGACAAGGCUUUGCUGGAGCUGUCUAUGGAGGGGCGUUAUCCGAUUCAGACAGGGGUUGUGGAAUUGUACUUGGCGGAAUUUCUAGGUUUGAAUGAGAAGGAGGAUGUGGAAGAUGCGUUGGGGAAGCAUGUUGCGUUGCAUAAUAUGUUGAGCAAGAGGGACUCCGAACCCAAUCCCUACAUCACCCCCUCUCACCGCGAAUUCACCAGCCCACGCAUCAAACACGAUGAACUAUCCAAACCUGAACCCCACUCAAGCCCUACCACCUCCGUCGCAACCAUAAAUACAACCACCAAACCCACCCCUAACCCCCUCCACGAACGCGUCACCCGUAUGCUCGCCGUCUACAACCGCGCCAAAGAAGAAUACCAACGCAUCAAGCACCGCGACAACGUAGAACCUCUGCACGCGGUGCGCUUCCUCCGCGAUACGGCUGAGAACACGAUCUUUUAUCUGCGGACGAAUGGCUUAUUCGAUCAUGGGUUGAUUCCAGAGUUGGAGAAGACAUUUGAUUAUGCGAGGGAUAAGGCAGCACAACUUUCAGGGGGGAGGAAGAGGCAUUUUGAUGAUGAUCGGGCGAGGGAGAGGGAGAGAGAUAGGGAGAAGAGGGACAGAGAGUGGAGGGGGGAGAAGAGGAGUAGGAGUGGGAGGAUUAUUGAUUCAUAUCGGCCUGGUUUUAUGUAGGUUAUGGCUUUUGGUAGUGUGGGAGUAUGGCGAAAAGAUGUGUAUUUGGAAUUUACAAU